UCGUGGGUGCUCCGUUGGAAAUCAAUGGCCACCAGAAGACGGGAGAUGUGUACAAGUGUCCGGUGACGCAGGGGAACUGCACGAAGCUCAACCUGGGAAGGGUCACCCUAUCCAACGUGUCCGAGCGGAAGGACAACAUGCGCCUCGGCCUGAGCCUAGCCACCAACCCCAAGGACAACAGCUUCUUGGCCUGCAGCCCCCUCUGGUCUCACGAGUGUGGAAGCUCCUACUACACCACAGGGAUGUGUUCGAGAGUGAACUCCAACUUCAGAUUCUCCAAGACCGUGGCCCCAGCUCUCCAAAGGUGCCAGACCUACAUGGACAUCGUCAUUGUCCUGGACGGCUCCAACAGCAUCUACCCCUGGGUGGAGGUCCAGCACUUCCUCAUCAACAUCCUGAAGAAGUUUUACAUCGGCCCCGGGCAGAUCCAGGUUGGAGUUGUUCAGUACGGAGAAGACGCCGUGCAUGAGUUCCACCUCAAUGACUACAGGUCUGUAAGAGACGUGGUGGAAGCUGCCAGCCACAUUGAGCAGAGGGGAGGAACAGAGACCCGGACGGCAUUUGGCAUAGAAUUUGCUCGUUCAGAAGCUUUCCAGAAGGGAGGAAGGAAAGGGGCCAAGAAGGUGAUGAUUGUCAUCACGGAUGGGGAGUCCCACGACAGCCCGGACCUGGAGAAGGUGAUCCAGCAAAGCGAGAGAGACAACGUGACCAGAUACGCUGUGGCCGUCCUGGGCUACUACAACCGCAGGGGGAUCAACCCAGAGACUUUCCUAAAUGAAAUCAAAUACAUCGCCAGUGACCCCGAUGACAAGCACUUCUUCAACGUGACGGAUGAGGCGGCCCUGAAGGACAUCGUCGAUGCGCUGGGGGACAGGAUCUUCAGCUUGGAAGGUGCGCCAUUCGGACAGAAGGGCACGGGUUCCGGGGGUCACAGCAGGUGA